AUGUUGUGGGCGACGGUGUUUUCUAUCGUAGUUCUUUGCCUUGUCCAGGGCUACGAUGGCCAGACCGUGGAUUCCGGACGGUUACCGGAUAACACAGAACCACGGUCAUACGCGCUGAGAGUAGAACCGAACCUCGAACCGGAAAACGCUUCGUUCUCUGGCAGCGUGGAUAUCACAAUCGCAGUGAUGACAGCCACUUCCACCAUCACGCUGAACUCUAAGGGCUUAGUGUUGCACGACAUCAGGGUGACGGAUGAAAACACGGACAGGGACAUCAGUGUAAGCUCUUGGAGUUACGCGGAAGAUCGGGAACAGGUGGUGAUAUCGAUGGACGGGCACGUCUUGGCCAACAGAAGAUACACGAUCCGCAUAAAGUUUGAAGGCAUUCUCAGGGACGACGGAACGGGUUUUUAUAAAAGCGGUUAUGAAACCGAUUCGGAUGGAAAAAAAUGGAUAGCCGCCACCCAAUUUCAAACCACACAGGCCAGAAGUACUUUCCCUUGUUAUGAUGAACCAAAUUUUAGAACACCUUUCAACAUAUCAAUAAAAGUUAAAGAGAAUGAAAUCGCUCUAUCAAAUAUGCCAGUUAUAGAUACCAUUCAUGUGGACGAGAUACUUGCGAAUGGUUCGGUUGAAUAUCAUAGCAGGAAAUGGGUUCACUUUGAGCAGACACCGUGCAUGUCCACGUCUUCGGUUGCGUUUUUCGUCGGCGAAUUCGAAAAAUUUGACAAUACUCGCUUGAGCGAGAUCAAUGUGUACUCUCAUUUGGGUCGCUUGUAUCAGAUCGAGUACAUGACGAAAGAGGCACCUGACAUUUUGAGGGUCAUGGAAAAUUACACUGGCAUACCAUACUCUAUGCCCGAACUGAACUUGUUAGCCAUGCCGAUACUAGGCUUACGGCAAGUCGAAAAUAAUUGGGGAUUAACCACAUACCGGGAGAAAACGAUUUUUGUCGACAUGAAAACAAACUCUAGGGCAAUAAUGUCGGCGAAGAGAGCGGUGGGACACGCCGUGGCGACCCAGUGGUUUGGUAAUUUAGUGACGCCGGUCCAGUGGGACUUUGCGUGGCUGAACAAAGGCCUAGCUACUUAUUUGGAAUACUUUGCCACCGCAACGUUGGAACCGGAAUGGCGACUAGAGCACUUUUUCAUCGUCGACCAGCAACGGCCGGCCCUGGAUGACGACAAAAAUCAAAUGCGGCCUUUGUCCGCGCCAGCAAUCAUGCCAGGGGAUGCGGAUUAUUACACGGCCGACAGGUUGUCCGGACAGAAGGCCGCGGCAAUCAUGAUGAUGCUUAACGAUUGGGUGGGUGAAGAAACGUUCAAAAAAUCCAUUAAUAUGUAUCUGACCCAUAACCAGUAUACCUCAGUGAAACCAGAAAAACUGUGGAACGCAUUUGACAAUGCUCUAUUCGACCUGACAAAGUCCGGCUUGAACGGUCACAGCGUUCGCACUGUGAUGAACACAUGGACGGAACAAGCCGGAUAUCCCGUGGUGAACGUCAUUAAAAAAGACAAAUCACUCGUCUUAACUCAACAACGCUUUUUAUCCGGUUUUACUGAGUCAAAUGAUACAUCCAAGUGGUUUAUUCGUUUGAGUUACACGACGAAUAAAGAAAAAAAUUUUGACACCAAGUCCGCCCCGACCGUUUGGCUGAAUCCGUCAGUAAACGAAACGGUUAUUCCGGUAGACGAUGACGUCGAAUGGUACAUUUUCAAUAUACAAUCAACAGGUUUCUACAGAGUAAACUACACGGAAGACAAUUGGUUGUCGUUGAUCAAACAGUUUAACGAUUCACCUAAAGAAAUACACAUUCUCAACAGAGCUCAGUUGAUUGACGAUUCGUUCAGUUUGGCAAAAGCGGGUCUGCUGAAUUACAAGAUACCAAUGAGCUUUACACAGUAUCUGGAAAAGGAAGAUGACAUAAUACCAUGGUUCUCGGCCAUGGACAGUUUAAACUAUGUUUUAAACCGUAUGAGGCGUUGCAGAAAUGCGUUACCCGAUGUCAAGAUCGUUGUUUCCAACCUAGCCAGCACUGCCUUCAAAAUGUUCAACAAACUCGUCGCCGAACAAAAAAGUCCCCAGUACCCCAUCAAUGUUGGCUGGAACACAUUUGCGACGUGGGCGAGUAAAUUGGACGAGUAUAUUAUCUAUCGGAGGACUACGGUUCCGGAAUACUUUCGGCGAUGGAAAAAUGGAGAAGAAAUACCGGCUGACAUUAAGGACGCGGCGUUCUGUGUCGGGGCUCGACAGUCACAAGUCUCAGGAAGUCUGGACAAACUUUUACACUUAUACAAUACCACCAAAACGUAUUCGGAAAGAGCGUCGGUGAUUAACGCACUGCCUUGUGCUGACAUACAGACACUUUUGACGUAUUUGACAUUAAUAAUGGAGGACAAAUGUCCAAUUGAACCAAGUGAUUACGAGGACUUCUUUAAUGCUCUGUCUUCGACGUCGAAUGGGAUCACUGCUAUGAAUUUCUUUCUCGGCAAAUAUUUCACAGAGCUUGUCCAAAACGUAAAAAAUGGUAGAAAUAUAGCUACGACUAUAUUCUCAAUCUUAGCUACAAAGGUUUCCACCGAGAGCGAAAUCGAAAACAUUAUGGAAAUGGCGUUUAGAAGCAAUACACCCGUUGAAUAUAGAAAUGCACUCGUCUCUGUGUAUCAGAGAGAAAUCGAGGACAACGUAAAAUGGUACGACAAUGGUAGUCCAGAAGCGAUUUGGGAGUACAUAAAUCCUUUGUCGAAAGGAUUGGCACUGGAUCCAUCGCAGCAGUAUACGACUCCGCAGAGCACGUCGGAAGACGAUUCUAGUGCUUCCUCUAGAUUGCAUAACUAUGCCAUUAUUUUGCAGAUUUUAGCGCUGUCUGUGUCGGUUAAACUGCUUGUAAACAUAAUCUAA